CUCAACUAUUUAAACCUAUUGUCACUUUUGGUUCGCCGAGUGCAUUCAUUGAUGGGAAAGUUUUGUAUAUACAAGGUGGAUAUGGCAGCCCCACCAACGCCGUGUCUCAAGCAUUUUCCAUCGACCUCUCAAAACCAUGGAACACUACCAGCCCCAUAUACCAAUCCCAAACACUACUCGACAGCCCAGCAGUUCCCUACUCCCCGUGCACCAUUACACCUCAAGGUGAAGAGGUGAUGAUCAUGGUAAACGGCGGUGUAAAUGUAUAUAAAGGUCCGGAAAUCAAAUGGAUUAGAAUAAUGGGCUCCAUAUCAUUCAAUAAGUCUCCAGGGUUAAGUGCAGCGACCGACUCACAAAAUAGCUUUGUGUUCAUUCCAAAUGGGAAUGUGGAACCUGAUAAUACGAAUUCACUUCUCAAGCUGAAUUUCAUCAGAAAUGAGUUUCGCACCGUUCCAAUGCCUCAAGACAUUAAAGGCUCUUUUGGUUAUGGCGUCGCUUGGAGUACAACGGCUAGAAGUCUAUUCGUAUUUGGAGGCACGUUAAAUAAUAUUACAGCUGAAGGCCUGUAUCAGCUUAAUGCCUUUGACACAUGGUCCAAACCAAGUACAAAAGGGGUCACUCCACCAGGACGUGUAUUCCCAUGCUUUGUAUCUACAGGUGACGGCUCAAAGAUAGUGUUAUUCGGAGGAGCAAAAACAGCAGAGCAACCCCCCAUGAAUGACAUUUAUUUUCUUGACGUGAAAUCUAUGACCUGGACAAAAGGACCGGAUAUUCCUCCAGCUGCUGCCCGACACUCAUCGGCUUGUGCAAUCUCUGGAGACUUCUUUGUCGCAUGGGGCGGCUUCAACGGGGUUACUGCCAUAUCAUCAAACGUAACCCUAGCCUACAAUAUGAAAUUAAACCAAUGGACAACAACUUUUGGGCAACAACCAGAGCCUACACCGAUAGCAACUAGCACAACUUCUAUUUCAUCAACAGCGACAUCAACCCCAUCGCCUUCCCCGAAUCCUAGUGAUGACCCGCCUCACUGGCCAACAGCCGUUGGGGUUUCUGUUCCGGUUACUGUGCUUAUUAUUGUUGUGUUUACAUGCGGAUACCGACGACGCGCCAAAUCCAAGGAAGCAACCAGGGAGGCAUCCGAAGACACUGAAAAGGGCGCUAAAAAGGACAAUGAGAUCGCUAAAAAGGACAAUGGAGCUGCUGACUCGCUUUCCUCAUCGAAAUUGGCCAUUGAACCUUUCAAACCCAAUGAGUCGUUUCCCGAGAUGAAAACAGCACUAUCCUCACAAGUGCGCGAUCCUGCUGGUGAAGGAGAUCGAUUUGGUUACUUUCAGCGUCGCUUUUCUACACUACGAGGGCCUUCUGGAGCGGAACAAGGCGCCUAUGAUGACCGAACUGGCGCGUAUAGAGAUGUUGAACGUGAUUACCAGGAUACUAGAAGGUCACCUAAUACAGAUAUGGAAUUUGGCCGAGGAGAGAACAAUAGCUCAAGAGAACGUAGAAACCCAGCUACGGGAGGCCCGCAACCAGGAUUUACACGCAAUGUAUUUAAUCGACUUUCUCAACUUCGCAACCCAUCUACAGCUGGAAUGGAGUCUCAACAUCAAGACUAUCAUGACGAUGAUGACUGGGCAGCCUAUUAUAACACAGAUGACAAUAUGGACAACCAGACUAAUUAUGUGCCUCCGCCUCCCACUUUUCCGAAACGAGUUCACAAUCCAGCUUAUCCUCUUCCACCAUCUGUCUCAACCUUGCAAAGGAACUUGCCAACCCCGACGCGCCGAGGACCAGCGACAUAUGAGCGCGAGUCAGUGUUUGGUUAUGCUAAUAGCAUGCCCCCCCGAGGUGCACCACAGGAGGUGGAUUGGGAAACCAAAUAAUGAUUAUAAUAGAAUAUUAAUACAC